UCAAAACUCCAUUUUUCUCUCUUUCUCCUUCCGCGACCAUAAUUUCUUCGUUGUUUAUCAUCUUUUUCAGCAACCUUAUCUUAAUGGAGACUCUGCAAUCUAUUGCGCCAUUAGUAUCCGGCAACUCAUUGUUGAACUUCGCCAAGCGAUCUCCGAAGUUGAGUUUGUUCAAGCAAGUAGAUGCUUCGAUAUUUCUACGGAGAAGAUGGAGGUGGAAAUCAGCGAUUCUGACUGUGGCAAUAAGAUCAGUCGCUGAUGGAAGAGAUGGCGGAGCUGCAAGCUCAAAGGAUUGGUCUUCUAUGGUUGAAAGCUCUGAUUCUAAGGCGGAGAAUGUAAACAAAGAUCACAUGUUGUUGAGUGCUGAGAAGAGAAAUUCUGGAGAUGAGUCUGCAGUAGCAAAUCAUGAUAUUCCGCAAUUGAUCAAGGAUAUUGAGAUGGAAGAUGGCUCGGAAAAGAAAGCAACUUAUAAUAUUGUUUUCGUUACAUCAGAGGCAGCACCAUACUCCAAAACAGGAGGAUUGGGAGAUGUUUGUGGUUCAUUGCCUAUUGCACUGGCUGAUCGCGGGCAUCGUGUGAUGGUGGUGUCUCCAAGAUAUUUGCACGAUGGUCCUUCAGAUAAGAAAUUUUCUGCUGCAGUUGAUCUUAAUAUCCGCACCAAUGUUUUUUGCUUUGGAGGUGUACAGGAGGUUGGAUAUUUUCAUGAGUACAGGGCCGGUGUUGAUUGGGUUUUUGUAGACCAUUCUACUUAUCAACGCCCAGGAAAUCCAUAUGGUGAUACAUAUGGUGCUUUUGGUGAUAACCAGCUCCGGUUUGCCUUGCUUUGUCACGCAGCAUGUGAAGCUCCUUUAUUGCUUCCGUUGGGAGGAUAUACUUAUGGAGAAAAAUGUAUGUUCCUUGCAAAUGAUUGGCAUGCAAGUCUUGUCCCAGUUCUUUUGGCUGCGAAAUAUCGCCCUUGUGGAGUUUACAAAGAUUGUCGCAGUAUCGUUGUCAUACACAAUCUAGCACACCAGGGUGUGGAGCCUGCAGUAUGCUUCAAAAAUCUUGGACUACCAUCAGAGUGGUAUGGAGCUCUAGAAUGGAUAUUUCCUACAUGGGCAAGAACUCAUGCCUUGGACACUGGUGAAGCCGUGAAUGUAUUAAAAGGCGGAAUUGUGACUGCAGACAGAAUACUCACAGUUAGCCAGGGAUAUUCCUGGGAGAUAACAACAGCUGAAGGUGGAUAUGGCCUACAGGAAUUGCUAAAAAGUCGACAGAUUGUCCUCAAUGGGAUCACAAAUGGAAUUGACUUAGCAGAAUGGGACCCUUCCACUGAUGAACAUCUUCCCUCUACAUAUUCCAUAGAUGAUCUGUCUGGGAAGGCUAAAUGCAAGGCUGCUUUGCAAGAGGAGUUAGGGCUUCCUGUUAGGUCUGAUUGUCCACUGAUAGGUUUCAUUGGGAGAUUAGACUACCAGAAAGGAAUUGAUAUAAUUUUACACGCAGCUCCAGAAAUAUUUCAAGAUGAUGUUCAAUUGGUAAUGCUGGGAUCUGGGGAAAAACAUUACGAAGACUGGAUGAGGAUGACAGAGUCGUCGUAUAAAGAGAAAUUCUGUGGAUGGGUGGGGUUUAAUGUCCCUGUAUCUCAUAGGAUAACAGCAGGGUGUGACAUAUUAUUGAUGCCAUCUAGAUUUGAACCAUGUGGACUUAAUCAAUUGUAUGCAAUGAGAUAUGGAACAGUACCUGUGGUUCAUGGAACAGGAGGGUUGAGAGACACGGUGCAAACUUUUAACCCAUAUGCAGAAGGUGGGGAAGGAACAGGGUGGGCUUUUACACCUCUGUGUGGAGAAAACAUGGUUGAGGUUUUGAGAUUGGCAAUAAAAACAUACAGAGAGUACAAGGGGUCGUGGUCUGGAUUAAUGAAACGGGGAAUGAGAAAGGAUGUAUCUUGGGACAACGCAGCUGCCCAAUACGAACAAGUCUUUCAAUGGGCCUUCAUUGACUCUCCAUACAUCUCAUGACCA